GCAAGUUCAUAUGCCCAUCACUACCUCUCUUAGAGCAUCACAAACCAAAAUGGCUCCCAUCAAAACCACUCAUGUUGUGGCCAUGAUCAUCAUCCUACUAGCUUCACACACUUACAUAAAAACAGCAUGUGCGGCCGGCGAGUGCGGCAAAAUGCCGGUAAAGACUGCGGCGGUUAGCCUAAGCCCAUGCCUAGGUGCAUCUAUGAAUUCAAAGGCAAAGGUCCCGCCGGCUUGCUGCUCGAGGGUGGCGGCAUUGCUCCGAAACUCACCCAAAUGCUUGUGUGCCGUGUUCCUAUCGCCCCUCGUCAAGCAAGCUGGGAUCAACCCGGCGGUAGCGAUCACCGUCCCGAAGCGGUGCAACAUCAAGAACAGGCCAGCUGGGAAGAAAUGUGGGAGUUAUGUUCUUCCUUGAGAACUUGAGCUUGGAAAUUCAGCAAUGGACGGUGAGGAUGGCAUUUAAAUGAUGUCCCGAGGAAAAAGGAAAGCUAAAUAAAAGAUGCUAUGUAGGAACCAUAUGAGUAGGAACCUAUGUUAAAAUGGUAGUCCUUAUUGUAUCAGAUUGAGGAAUUCAUGUAUGCUGGUUAGGAAAUUCAGCUAUGGACGGUGAGGAUGACAUUUAUAUGAUGUCCCGAGGAAAAAUAAAAAUAAAUAAAAGACGCUACGUUGUAAUGCAUAUGAGUGUGUACUUGAUUGAGGGAUUCAUGUAUUAAUGCUUGUAGGAUUAUUGGCUUUGAGGAGUUAUUUAAUACUGUGGCAAGGCAUGGCACUUGA